GGCUGCAGUCUGCAGCGCAAACCGAGACGCUAUGACCAAUGAGCUCUCUCUCUCUCUAGCGCGCGCGCGCGCACACGUUCAGGUCUCAGUUGACAUCAGUGAUCACCGUCAGUGUUUGUGCGCGACUUUAAAGCGCAGCUGCUCAGAGAAGUUGGUGUCCAGAGUGGAGACGGUGCAGGAUGGGACAGCAGCUGGACGCCAGUGAAGGUGCUUAGUUCUGUGAGGACGCACAAGCGGCGCUGCCAUUGCGCACAACUUCUCACUGCACGCGAACGCACCGCAGCUGAGUUCCAGUCAGGACUUUUCCCGUGCAGGAGCAGAGAUGGCUGCACUAAUUCAUUCUUUCGUUGUUUUUAUAAAAUUCAUUCUUUAUCUGAAACUAACAUUUUGCAUGGAGGUAGACUUCUUCACACCUGUUCGCGUGGAUCACCAAGAGGAUGAAAAGCAUCUGCACCGGCGCGCGGAGCAGGUGAAUGAAAGACAGAUCGUUAUUAAACUAAAUGCGUUCAAAGAGGAAUUUUACCUGCACCUCGCGCCGGAUUCUAGCUUCCUUGCACCGGGAACCUUCCCUCCUGAGAGCGGCUCCUUAGCAUCCAACACCUCCGACCUCAGGGAAUGCUUCUACUCCGGUGAUGUCAACACAGAUCCAGACUCCUUUGCCGCGCUCAGCCUGUGCAAAGGUCUCCACGGGGGGUUCUACUAUAAAGGCAUGGAGUAUUUCAUCAGCCAGGACAGGACUGAAGACGCAGCAGGAUUUAGAAACUCUUUGGACAGGACGCAUGUCAUCCGCCGCAGGAGACGCGCUGCGCACUCAGGAGGCAACUUCACCAGCAGGUGUGGAGUUGCACCUGACACCAGCUCCACCGCUUCCCUGGAGAAAUACAAGUACAUGAGUGAACUGGAUAACGAUGGCUUAACUGAAACUGUGCUGAAAACCUUGGGGAGAUCCAAGAGGUUUGCCUCAAUCCCCAGAUUUGUGGAGGUGCUCGUGGUGGCGGAUGAAUCUAUGGCUAAAUUUCACGGGGACGACCUGAAGCAUUACCUCCUGACCCUGAUGUCAGUGGCAGCCAGGCUGUACAAACACCCCAGCAUUUUCAACUCCAUAAACAUAGUGGUGGUGGGCUUCAUGGUGCUGAAUGAAGCCGACAAGGGACCCAAGGUUUCCACUAAUGCCGCUCUGACUCUGCGCAACUUCUGCUCCUGGCAGAAGAAGCUGAACAAACACAAUGACAAGCAUCCUGAGUACUGGGACACGGCCAUACUCUUCACCAAGCAGGAUCUUUGUGGGUCCACAACCUGUGAUACACUUGGGAUGGCUGACGUCGGGACCAUGUGUGACCCGAAGAGGAGCUGCUCUGUCAUCGAGGACGACGGCUUGCCCUCCGCUUUCACGACGGCCCACGAACUCGGCCACGUCUUCAACAUGCCCCACGACAAUGUGAAGGCAUGUGAGGAGGUAUUUGGGAAACUAAAGGACAACCACAUGAUGUCUCCCACGCUGAUUCAGAUUGACAGGAGCCGACCCUGGUCUGUGUGCAGCGCCGCCAUCAUUACCGAGUUCCUGGACAGAGGUCACGGAGACUGCCUGCUGGACCAGCCUCAGAGGCAGCUGUCUCUCCCUGAUAAUCUGCCUGGCUCCAGCUACAGCCUGCACCGUCAGUGUGAGCUAGCCUUUGGUCACGCCUCCAAACCCUGCCCGUACAUGCAGCCCUGCUCCAAACUGUGGUGCACUGGGAAGGCCCGUGGACAACUGGUCUGUCAGACCCGACACUUUCCCUGGGCGGACGGCACCAGCUGUGGCAACAGCAAGGUCUGCUACCGAGGAGCCUGCACUGACAAGAACACUACCAUGCACAUCAAGGUGGACGGCCGGUGGGGGAAGUGGGGUGCGUUUGGAGAGUGUUCCCGAAGCUGUGGUGGAGGAGUUCAGCUCGCCAAGAGACAGUGCGACAACCCGGUCCCUGAGAACGGAGGCAAAUACUGCUACGGCCUUCGCAUCAAAUAUCGCUCCUGUAACCUCAACCCCUGCCCUGACACAGGUAAGAGUUUCCGUGAGGAGCAAUGUGAGGCGUUCAAUGGCUUAAACCUGAACACCAACCGGCUGGGGUCAUCUGUGGUCUGGGUACCCAAGUAUUCAGGCAUCUCUCCCAAGGACAAAUGCAAGCUCAUCUGCCGUGCUAACGGGACUGGGUACUUCUACGUCCUCGCUCCGAAGGUUGUGGAUGGGACGCCCUGCUCUCCUGACACCUCAGCCGUAUGUGUUCAGGGAAAAUGCAUCAAGGCGGGCUGCGAUGGCAAGCUGGACUCCAACAAGAAGUUUGACAAGUGUGGUGUGUGUGGUGGAGACAACCAGGGCUGCAAGAAGGUCUCAGGGAUGUUCACCAAACCUGUUCAUGGCUACAACUUCGUGGUGAUGCUGCCAGCAGGAGCCUCCAACAUUGACAUCCGUCAGCGCGGCUAUCGAGGAAUGGUCAGUGAUGAAAACUACUUAGCUGUGAAGAAUCGCUACGGGAAGUACCUCCUGAACGGCAACUACGUGGUGUCGGCUGUGGAGCGCGACCUGCUGGUGAAGGGCAGCCUGCUGCGGUACAGCGGCACCUCCACGUCCGUGGAGAUUCUGCAGGCCACCAGACCCCUGCAGGAGCCUCUGACUGUGGAGGUGCUCUCUGUGGGGAAGAUGACUCCACCCAGGGUGCGCUACUCUUUCUACAUCUCCAAGGAGAGCAAGGAGGAGAAAACUCUGCAGAAAGAGGAGAGAAGCAUCAAAGCGCAGAACAGCGUCUUAGUUGAUAGCAACAAAGUAGAAGCGAAGAAGCAGGUGAUGGGUAAGAGGCCAGUUAGUCACUGGGUGACAGGAAGUUGGGAAUUAUGCACGGUGACUUGUGGCAGCGGUCUCCAGAAGAGGCUGGUGCAGUGCCAGAGCAUGGAGGGGCGUCCUGCAGUGGAUUGCGACAGUGCUGACAGGCCUGCAGCAGUCAGAGCAUGUGGGGAUCCAUGCCCCAUGUGGGAUGUUGGCACCUGGUCUCACUGCUCCAAGUCCUGUGGAAGGGGCUUUAAAAGGCGGCCAGUGCGCUGCAUGACCGAGAAUGGUGGGAAUCUACCCAGAGAGCACUGCUCUGGAAGGAGGAAGCCUCAGGAACUGGACCUGUGCAACCUAAAACCAUGUUAGAGCAGAACUUAAGCGGCCCAUGGACUUAUCUUUGGAAGUCAAACUGAUGAUUUGACACGACCUUUAGCCCAAAUCAGCGUAACAGUGAUUGUUUCGCUGUGUUGGGUAGAAAUACUCUCAACUUCAGUCUGACUGUAGUUGCAGGGGAAACCCAGUGGAGAUAGAGAGGAUCCUCCCCCAUCAUGUUUACAUGAAAAUAAAGACGAAAAGCUGUCUGCUCGUAAACUGUCAAACCAUCUGUGGCAGGUUUGACUUUCGGUUAGUCUACCUCGACCAGGAACGACGACAUGAUGCCUGUGUGAAGUGUACACAGAGCAGAAAGAUGCAGAGACAGUGAUCACACACAUCUGCACACAAACAUCAUUUCUACACAUGCAGAGGAUGAAAUUCCAAGUUAAGGAUGGAUGAAAGUCUGUGAGACUCACACUGUGCUGAUAUCUGUGAACUGACAUUUUUCUCAUUUCACUGGGGAACUAAUCGAUAUGUGAAACACAGUACUGUAUCUGCCAUGUUCAAGACCUGAUUGCAGUUCUUGCAUCUUUCUUUGUUUAUUUUUCUUGAUUCGGUGCUAUCGGCUGAGGUCUGCCAUUCAGAGUCAGUUCAUCUUAAAAAAAAAUGGCUUUACAAGCUUCCAACAUGACAGUCAACAUUAUAUCCUACACACUUGAAACAGUCUUUAUCAAUUGGAUCAAUAACAAAGAAUCCCUGAAUUUUACUAGAGACCAAAAAUCUUAAAAUAUUUUUUUAUAAAAGGUAAAUUAGUUGAGUCAGAAUUAAGAUGUUAGCAUCGUCUUUACAGUAAAUGUAGGCUGUUGUUAUGGUGCAAUCCUAAUGCGUCUUUGCCCGUUCUGCUCAACUGUUUGUUCUGUGUUGCCAAAGAGUUAUAACCUUCUACAAAGCCUUAGUUUUGUGAGAGACACGUCUCUGCAUGAGCUGGACAGAAGUAUGGCUUUACUCAAAGAACCAUUGCGCUACAUUUCUGUCAUCACCUUCAAAUGUUCUCCUGACUGUUAAAGCUCCCACCUCCUGCGGCUGGAGGCUUUAAAGAUGGCUGUAAAAAGUUAGUCCACCAAUCGAUUAAUCUGUCAACAGGAAAUGAAUGAUAAUCAAAGGGUGGCUUUAGUGAGUAAUGUUCAAGUCAAAACUUCACUGGUUCCAGCUUCUGAACUGUGAAGGUUUUGCUGCUUGUGUCUCUUUGAUGUGAUGGUUAAUUGAAUAUCUUUGGGUUUUGAACUGUUUGUUGGACAAAAGAAGCAAUUUGAAGACGUCAUGACGAGGUGUGGUAAAUUGUGAUUAGCGCUGUAUAACGAACUUUAAUACUUUUAUGCCCAACCAAAUUAGUUUCAUACUAUUAAGAAUCAAAAAAUGUCUUGUCAUCUGAUACCUAAGGAAUAAAUGAGUAAAUCUCAUCAGCGUCAGUGAGCCAAUGAGCAUGAAGCAUGCUUGGACCUAGAUCUAAUAACGCUGGUGAUUGGUUGUUUAUUUACACGAACACUACAAACGUUUGAGUGUGUAAUUUUCUUUUUGUAAAAAGGAGUUGAUAAAAUUGAGUAUGUUAAGUAUGAUUAAGAACUGGAAUUGGUGUCAGUACCAAUAUCCAAUAUUUACGAACGAUGGCCAGCCCUAAAUGUGACCAACAUUUCUCACUAGUUUUCUCGACCAGGAAGUAUCAAAAUAUCCGUACAGAUUUCUCAAACCACUCUUAGCAGCAUAAAACCACUUUACCAAAUAUCUAUAUGCUCAGUAGGUAUUCCCCAUGAAACAUACCCAUAGUGAAAUUAAAGGUAAAAUCCACUUUAAAACACAAUCAACCACCAAACAGAUAUUGUUGUACUUUACAUCCUGGCGUUGCAUUUUGUUGUUUUGAUGAACAUCUCCAACACACCUGGAAAUAUGUGGAGUUCAAAUUAAUCGACAGUCUUAAAAAUAUUUGGUAAAAAUCCAUCAGACAUCACAAAAUGAUGAUAGAUAACUCUUUGUACUUAAAGGUGAUGAGUCUUAACAUUUAACAGAAAACCCUUCAGUCUUAAUCCCCAGUUUGUUUUGGUUCAGAGGGACCAGCAGUUAUACCAUCUAAAAGAUGGUUUUGUACAGUUUUUUUUCUUUUACAUCAUGUACAGAUAAUGUUAUUUUCAUCAGUUGUCUUUUGUAUUGUAUACUAUGUAUACAUUCAUCUAGCAGUAUAAAAUAAAGUAUAUAUAUGAGAUUAUACCCAUA